AAUAAGACAUAGCUAGGCGCGAACACGCAACCUGUCGAAUACUAGCAUCGCGCCCAGUCUGCUACGCUACAUUGUCAUUUAGAAAUAACUCUCCAAAUGUUAAAAUAACUACACAUACUUAAAAUCGCGAAAUUUCAAUUUGUAAUUUCUCCCAAAUGCUUGAGUUGCAUGAUGUUACAUCGUCUCCGAUUAACAGUAAUCCACACGGAUAGACUGAGCCGAGUAUAGUGCGUGCUUGGUGAGGGAAAUCAGGGUAUCUAUCGUGGAACUCGUCGGAAUCGAUUUCGAUCCGGAAUAAUUUCGUUUCCCCUAGAAAAGACAAUAGAAAUCUAGGAAAUAACGGAAUAAAUUCGAUUGGAAUCGAUUCCGACGAGUUCCAUAAUAGGUACCCGGAAAAGAGUCGUGGACAUUGGCAUCGUAGUUCAUGUGCACGGUUGUAUAGAGGACGCCUCACACACAGGCUCGGCUAAAAGCGACCCAUGGCAUCUCUCGUUCUUCUCUCUGGUAGAGCGCUCAGAGGCCCUAUAUCCAACAUGCGGCGUUUUUGUUAUCAAGUCUAAACUCUUGUUGUUACUGCCGAUUGUAUUUGCCAUUUUCUCAAUCAACCUCACUGAUAAAACACAAAUUUCCGCUGUUCGCUCCGGCUCUUUUACAAACUUACAUAGCCAAAGCUUACGAAAUUAAGGUAGCACAAUACAAUGGUCAAGUACUAUGAAAACACUAUGACCUUUCAAUUCGAUUGGACUCAAGUUGCACGAGGUUUCUUUCAAAGAUAUCCAAACCCACACAGUUCACACGUCCUUUCUGAGGAUACCAUUUCAAGGGAAGUCGUAAAUGGAAAACUCUAUUCCAAACGAUUAUUAACAAAGACUAACAGGAUACCAAAAUGGGGUGAAAGAUUAGUUAGCAAAAAUAUUGUCAAAAUAGUAGAGGAAAGUAUUGUUGAUCCAGAAACAAAAACUUUGACUACUUACACAAGGAAUCUAGGGUAUACUAAAGUUAUGAGUAUUGUUGAGAAAGUAGUUUACCAAAUCUCUGAAGAAAAUCCAGAAUGGACAGUUGCCAAGAGGUCAGCGUGGAUUGACAGUCAGGUCUUUGGUUUGAGCAGAGCCAUUCAAGCUUUUGGAUUAGACCGAUUUAAGAAAAACUGUGUCAAAAUGUCAGAAGGUUUUAAUUACGUUCUCACAAAUAUGUUUCCUCAAAGAGCUCAAUUCAUAAAUCCACAACUUAUUCAAACAAGUUUUUCCAUGCAACCUGGCCAUAGUAUUGUGGAUGAUGGUAUUACACAGACGAAACAGAGUCUUGCAGGAGAUUUGCAACAUUCUUUACAGGGUAAAGCGGAAAAAGUAAAAGAUGCUGCUAAGAAAGCAACAGAUCUGGCAAAACAAAAGGCAGGACCAAUAUAUGUAGCUUAUCAAUCAAACCAGUCAUAAGCUCCACAUAAACAAUAAUUAUGACAUAUUGAACAAGUUUUGUCAUUUUGUGAAAUGGUCACGAAUAACAUCAUGGUAUAAUUGUAAUGUACCUUAGAUUAUAUCAAGGUAUUACACAUUAACUAAUGAGUGGAAGAAUACAAGAUAACUACAAAAAAUAGAAAGCUGAUUGAUAAAUAUUUGAGUGUGAGGUGUUAGAUUUGUUGCAAUUUACUGGCACUGAUAGAUUUACAGGUAGUACAGAAUGCAAUGUGUAUGUGAAACAUAUGAAAAUUUGCGAUAGGUCUACUUGUAUAUUACCAUUCCUUCUAACUGCCAGAUUGUUAAUAGUAAAAUGUAUCAAAUGUGAUACAUGCAAACUGAAAUAUGUAUUAAAUUACUUAUUUUGUACAAAACGAUAUUUUCUAGCUUCUUAAUAAUUUCCAAGUAACAUUUCUUAUAUAUGCAUAAACGAGAAAAGCAUUGCAAUAUAUAUAUAUUUACAAGCACAUACAUAUGUUUAUUUGCAAAUGUUGCUUAUUGUCUGUAUUUAUAUAAACUUGUAGUCGAAAAUUGCAAAAGAUGCAAUUCACAGCAUUUCAUCUCUAAUUAUUAAUGUUAAAGAAAUCAAUCUU